AUGAAGGAUUAUGAAAAUAUGCUUCUUGAAAAGAAUACUUAGAUUCAAUAGUUAGAGCAUAGAGUAAAGUAGCUUAAAAAAUACAAACAAAUUACAGAAUAAGAACUGCAGAGAAUGAGCUCUCUGAUAAAUGAAUCAGAUAAAUAAGCUUUCUAGGCUUAGAAUAGAGUUGAGGAGCUUGAGAUUCAGUUGGAACAGCUUUAAAGAGACAUGAGGGAGACAUAAUAAAAUAUUAGGAAUGGCUUCACUGCUAAUAGUAUUGAGAGUGCAGGCAAUUCAAACACUACUUUUGGGAAAGAAGGAUUGGAAAAUAUUUAGAAUUAAAGAGGAAUAAACUUAAAGAAAAUUCAAGAAGAACAUAAGCAUGAGGUUGAUCUAUUUGUUAAAGAACAGCAAGCAAUGAUUGAGAGAAUAAAAUAAAUGGAGUCAAAGAUAUAAGAUAUGAUGGAGAUUUAAAAAUCCAUGAAGGAUGAAUAGAAAUUAUUGUUAGAAGAAAAUAAGCAGUUGAAGGAAGAUCUAUUCAUAGCUAAGGGUGGAAAGAGAAAGUCUGAACUCUCAGAUGAAAUAGAUCAUCUUUCGAUUUAUAAAAGACUUGAGAAUGUUCACACAGCUAUUAAGAGUCUUUUAGAAGGAAAGCAAUUUGAUCUCGAUUUGUUAACUAAUCUGCCUCCAUCCUCUGCAAGGGGAGCCAAAGAUGAAAUUAAAAUGAUGCAUUUCAAUAGAAUUCUUACUAUGAUUAACAAGGUAUUAUGUGAUGCAUAUGCUAAGUCAUUUUCAUCCUAAGUUGAUUGCAUGGUCCAAUGA